AUGCGUCCCGACGCCAUUUCUCUUCUCGCGGCUUUCCUCGCCGUGGGAGGCUUGGAGGUGGUGGCUGCCCAGGAUGCUGCCGACGCGAACGUGGAACGACCGCGCUGGUACUUCCCUCGCGAGGUGAAGCGAACGAUUCGCAACAACCGUAGCUUCAACCCCGAUGCCGGUUCACUCAUCGACAACGUGUUCGAAAACCUUGUGACCCAAGGCUCUUCCUCCCAGCCCGAGAUCACUCCUACACCAGAGCCCUUGUCCACCCCCGCCGCGGCUGAGUCCCAGAAGGGACAGGAAGUUGUUGUUGUGACCAUCUCCGUCGACCCCAAGAACCCUGAGAUCACCCACCGUAUCACAGGUACCACAACAAUUGGUGGCGAGCCGACCGCGACAACAACCACAACCACCAAGAAGACUGAUGGAUCAAGCACGGAUAACAACGUCCAGAAGAACUCCGAGGUCCCCUCCACCGAUGCCGACACCACGAGCCAGCAGCAGUCUGCUACCGACUCGGUUGCCAAGGCCUCUACCACGGCCUCUCCCUCGACUGCGGCUUCCUCUGACGGUGGCCUUCUCGGUGCAGUAGGCUCUGGUCUGUCUUCUAUUGGAGAUGACCUCGGCCUGACUGAUUCAACCAGCAGCUCCGCUGCUGUGACACCGGCCGCCGCUACCGAUUCAUCGGCCCAGGCCUCUACUGCGCCGUCUUCUACACCCUCUACCACAGCCGCUACCACAGCUACGUCUUCGUCGAACGGCGGCCUCCUUGGUGUUGUAGGCUCUGGUCUGUCUUCUCUCGGAGAUGAUCUUGGCCUGACCGAUUCGACCAGCAGCUUCGCUUCUGUGACCCCGGCUGCCACUACCGACUCCUCGGUUGCAAAUGCCUCUACCACGGCCUCCCCUUCGGCUUCAGCUUCCUCUAACGAUGGUCUUCUCGGUGCAGUAGGCUCUGGUCUGUCUUCCCUUGGGGACGAUCUUGGCCUGGGUGGCUCAACUAGCAGCUCUGCUUCUGCUCUAACCUCAACCCCGGCCACUCUCACUGACUCAUCAGCUGCCAAGGCCUCUAGCACUCCUCUUUCUACUUCUGAGGGUCUUCUUGGUGGACUAGGCGCUGGUCUGUCUUCCCUCGGAGACGACCUUGGCCUUGGUGGCUCGACCAGCAGCCUCGCUUCUGCAACUCCCAGUGCCAGUAGCCCCAAGGAAAGCUCGACCGCAAGCUCAGGAACCGACCUCCUUGGUAUGUUACUGGGUGACAACUCUUCUUCCGGAAACAGCACCAUUGCCACUGCGUCUAACUCUAGCAUGCUGCCCACAAUCCCAGCCAGCGUCCCAGCCUCUGCCACGACCUCAGUCUCGGCUUCGACCACCCCUACCUCUUCUGGCGAUUUGCUUGGUGGUAUCGUGUCCGGCGUGGAUUCUCUGCUCGGCAUCACCCCCACAGGAACCGGCAGUAUUGCCUUGAUCCCGACUGCGUCGAUGCCCGCUGGUAGCCUUUUGCCGUCCAAGUCGACUGCUCUCAUUCCUGGAUUUGGUACUACCACCAGUGGAGGUGUCCCAACACCGACCAACUCCAUUGGAUCGGUUCCUGUUCCACACUCGCCUGGUGCGGACUCUACCUCUGAGUCCGCGACUGCCUCUGCCCCUGGCACUGGUACCACAUCCGGCUCUGUCCCUGGUAGCGGAUCUUCCGAGACCCCCAAGGUUCCGACACCCACUUCACACCCUGCCUCCACUCCCCUUCCUCAGACAACGGAGGUGAGCACGACCAAGACCGCUGUGGAGCCCCAGACCACCGCAACUGAGACUCCCUUGCCAUCCACCUCCAACGACAACGACUGGAUGCCAUCGACCAUUCUCAUUAUGCCUACCGUCGCCACAACCCACACCACAACUUCUGGUCAGACCGACAUGCCCCAGGCAACCUCCCUCCCUGGUUCUAUCACACCAUCGAACGAGAUUACCGAGGCUCCAUCUGACUCGACUCUGCUCCAGUUGGGUUUCAAUGGUCAGCUGCCAUGGUCCUUUGUGGCAACGACUCCUCUGUCGUCGUCCCAGAUCUUCAACUACACCCCGCAGGCCAUUGAAAACGCUUUGCCCACUCUCGCUGCCAAGGACUAUCCCGUCAUGUUCUCGCUUGAACCUUACUACAACUGGCAAGCUACCGGUUACAACGCCACCCUUGCCAUCUUCUAUUUCCCCCGUGAUAAGGUCGAGGCUUUGAGAGCCCUGAAGGUCAAUCCUAAGUCUGCUCUCUACAACCAGGCUAGUGAAUCCAUCCAGUCGUUGAUGACUAUGGUUGACCCCACGAUCCCUCUGGAAUUCUCUGGCAACUACCCUUCCAGUGGUGACGGAUCGUCCUCUGGAAACACCGACAGCGGCAACAAUGAUGGCACCGAUGGUGGCAGCAACAACAACAGUGAUGGCUCCGCCAGCAGCUCCAAGACCAAGGCCAGCUCCGUUGGCAUUGGUGUCGGUGUCGUUGCCGGUGCUGCCGCUUACGGUGCCGGUAUGUUCUGGGUCGCUCGUCGUUACCGCAAGAGAAAGCAGCUGCACCAGCGCUCUAGCUCGACUGUCGAGCAGAUGAGCCAGGGUGGCUCCGCAGCCGGCUCGGUUUUCGCCGCCGGUGGUCGCACAUCCCCCAGUCAGAACAGCCGCGGUACUGCUCGCUCUCAAAUGAUCAGUGCCCCUGUCAUGGCCGAAAACUCUUUGGGAUGGAACUAG